AUGGACGUACAAGUAGACGCCAUGGAGAUGGCCCUGCCACCGAUCGAGUCGUUCAAGAACUGCGAGUAUCACGUGCGCGUUUCGGGAACGACUGAGCUCGACCGGCGGGUUAUGUCAUUUGUGGACAACCUGUGGGGUUUCGAGGUGACGGGUGGUAUCGAUCAGUUUGAGCCGUUAACAGUGAUUUCGGUAAAGCGUGAAGGACUAGCCCGGCGUGCUGGCAUUCGCGUGAACGACAUCAUUACCAAAAUCAACGAGACCCACGCGGAGAAGCUAACCCUUGCGCAGGCACAGGAACUGAUAGCGGAGUCCGGCCGAACCGUGAAGAUAUUCGUUAGCGGUGAGGUGGACGAAGACAGUGAAGAUGAGAUGACAGUAGACUAUUGGUUCAAACCUUAUGGUUUCUUUUCCUCAGUGAACGAAGCUGACCGGUCAAUGCUGGAUUGGGAAGCGCGUCUCCGUGCAAAUCGCAACCCUGACAAAUGGAACGGUUUGUGGCCGUGGAAUGAUCGCAAGAAGGUGGUCUACAAGGAAUCUAACUGCUAUAUGGUGCCUAGCGUCGCUGAAGAUACACGUGAACGGGAACUGAAGCUGCGAGCUAGCGAGGAUCAGUACGAAAAGCAUUUGAAACGAGAACGGGAGGAAGCUGAGAAGAAAGCCGAAGAACAGCGCCUUGUCGAUGAGGCUCGUCGAGCGGAGGAAGAACGUCGAGCUGAGGAAGAGCAGUUCUUCGCCACGUUCGAAGCAGAACAGAAAAAGCGACAGGAAGAGGAAGCAGCUAAGCGACUUCAAAAUGAAGCCGAUGCCUCGGAGCCCACAACGGGAGAUGGACAGGACAAAUCGAGCGCAGAUGCCGAGGCAGAUCAGUACAUCGACGAGCUGAUGGAGCAGGAAAAGGAUCUCGGCGAGGUCAGUACGGAUAUGAUCGAGCCAGACGACAGUAGCCCAACGGAUGCCUAG